AUGGCACCCACACGAGGCCGCCAAACAACGGGCACCGAGCUCGUCGCCGAGUACGCCUCACACAUUGCCGGUAAGACAAUUCUCGUGACCGGCGUCUCCCCCGGCGGCCUUGGCGCAGCAUUUGCCCAAGCAGUCGCUGCCGGCUCUCCGGCCCUCCUCUUACUCGCGGGCCGCAACACCGCCAAGGUCCAACAAACCGCCGACGCCAUUACGUCAUCUCACCCGUCUGUUGCUGUGAGGGCGCUUGAGCUGGACCUGGGCUCGUUCAAGAGCGUACGCGAGGCGGCGGAGACGGUGAAUGGGUGGGACAAUGUGCCUCAUAUCGAUGUGUUGGUAAAUAACGCGGGCAUCAUGGCUACGGAGUGGAGCAAGACGGAGGAUGGCUUCGAGAGCCAGUUUGGGACGAAUCACCUGGGUCCAUUUCUCUUCACAAACUUGAUCAUGAAUAAGGUACUCGCGGCGCAGGAGGCGAGGAUCGUGACUGUCAGCAGCGACGGGCACCGACUAAGCCAUAUUCGUUGGACGGAUUACAACUUCAAUGACGGCAAACACUAUAACCGCUGGAUCGCUUACGGCCAAUCCAAGACGGCCAACUGCCUAAUGGCUCUCUCACUCGCGGAGAAGCUGGCCAGCAAGGGUCUCUUGAGCGUCAGUCUGCACCCGGGUGUCAUCUUUACCAAUUUGGCGAACCAUUUGGAAGGCUUUGAUUCAUUGCGAGAGCAAGAGAUCACGAUGGGGACCAAGUUCAUGUGGACAGAUUUUGACCCAAAGACAGAAGAUCAGGGUAUCGCUACCCAUGUGUACGCGGCGUUCAGUCCGGAUAUCAAGGGUUUAAACGGACAGUACUUUAACGACUGCCGCGUUGCAGACCAGUAUGAGGAGGAGAUCUACCCCUGGGCGAACAACAAGAUUGAGGCGGAUAAGUUGUGGAAAUUGAGCGAGAAGCUUGUUGGCCAGGAGUUCAACUAUUGA